UCAGAGAGGAGAGAACGCACCGCUGCAAAGAUGAAUGCAGCCGCCUGAAGUCUCCUUCUGCCGGGAAGACCACGCAGGGACGUACGUGUGUGUGUCUGCGUGAGUCUGCGUGCCCCCGCUUCCAUUCCAAGGCUGCUGUGGCACCUUUCGAUGGUAUCCGUGUUGCGUGUACACAUGCUUUCGCCCUCAUUGUGACGCUGCCGUUGGACCUUUAUCCUCAGAUGACGGUCAUCAGCGCUGUCUGCGUUGAACGCCCUGAAACGCCAAAACGAGAGCGUCGCUGCUCUGUACUGGACAUCGAGGCGCGAUGGACGGUGCAUCCGGCCGUCACUGCGAACAUUCCAAAAUAG